AUGCAACUUGUUGUUCUUGGUACCAAUGACAUAACAACAGAUGGUAAGGUACACACAUGUCACGAGAGUAUUGAAGAAGUUGAUCAACACAACAAAAAAAUAAUUUGGAAGUUCUUUGGUGGAGAUAUUGGAAAGCAAUAUAAGGUCUUUAAGUUCAUCCUUGAAGCAACUGAUAAGGCUGAUGGCACUGCUGUUGCUAAAUGGACUGUUGAAUAUGAGAAAAUUAGUGAGGAUAUUAAUCCUCCAAAUGGUUACAUGGAUUUCCUUUUCAAAAAUACUCGAGACGUUGAUGCCAAUCUUGUCAAGGAAAAGGUAGCUCCAUAA